AUGCAUAGUUGCGCGGGCGCUGGAUGGCCAGUCGGCGACCCGCUCAAUGCGACGUUUUGGCAUCGUGUGACUGAAGCCAUGGAGCGGAAUCGAACGCUUGUCUCUCUCUUCAAUACCUACCAAGGGAAAUCGUCGGUGCAAAGUCCGAACUGUACGAGUGACGCAUGUGCGGCCGCAAAGGUCUGCUACAUGCGCAGUGGCAGCGUGGCUAUGGGCCAGAGCUGCCCACAAGGUUUCGGCUCGGUUCAAAGCCCAUACAUGGGAAAGGACUUCUAG